AUGCAUUCUCUCGUCUCCAUCCUACUGCCUCUGCUAUCCGUCAUCCCCUCAACCAUCUCCCAAAGCUCAGGCACAUUCAACACUCUUACCUUCAAUGUCGCCGGUCUUCCUGCCAUUCUUAACGACAAUGCCGUCCCCGGCGACAAAACCGCAAAUACCGCGCGUAUAGGUCGGCUGUUCACCCAACACAACAUCUCUCUCAUCCAUGUCCAGGAGGAUUUCAACUAUCAUGCGACUUUAUAUGCAAAUGACCAGCAUCCUCAUAGGACGCCUACGAGUGGCGGGGUGCCGGUUGGAAGUGGGCUGAAUUCGUUGAGUAACUUCCCGUGGACAGGUUUCGAGAGAGUCAAAUGGGAGAAGUGCAGUACUUUUGAAGGUGCUGACUGUCUCACGCCAAAGGGCUUCACAUUCAUGCGAGUGAACUUUGGCCAAGGUGUAUGGAUCGAUGCAUACAACUUACACGCUGAUGCUGGUACCACAGCAGCUGACCUCGCUGCGCGAGCAUCCAACCUCCGUCAAGUCUCCAACUACAUCAAUACCCACUCGACAGGAAACCCCGUUCUUGUUUUUGGCGACUCAAACACCCGCUACACUCGCACUGGCGACAUCCCCAACAUCUUCAGCACAGCCAACGGUAUGAAAGAUGCCUGGAUCGAGCUUAUCCGAGGCGGUGUUGCACCGCAGCCAGGUACUGACGCGCUACUUUGCGAUAAUCCAAGUCCCAACUCGACAUGUGAGGUUGUGGAUAAAGUGUGGUAUCGCGGAUCUCCUGCUGUUGACUUGCGAGCAGUGCGCUUACAGUAUGCGGGUGCCAAGUUUCUACAAGAGAACGGCGCUAUCUUAAGUGACCACAAUCCGGUGCUUGUUGACUUUGCAUGGCGGCUGAAAUGA